CGAUUGCUCGGGAGAGCGUCCCCGCCCUCCGAGCCGGGCGCUGGACCAAUCAUGGCAGCCGCGCGAGGCAUCACGGGAACUCGGGGGCUAUAAAAGACCUGGUUGCUAUUUUGUGCUCCCCGAGUCACCCGUCCUUUAAGCGCGCGGGGCGGUGCUUGGUGCGCGUGCGCGGCCUCGCUACCCCUCCCAAACUGCCAACUCUGCGCGCAGGCGAGCUGGGCUCGUUCUGCCUUGGUUUACGCGUGCGCCCAGCGGGCUUGGCCCCGGAAGACUAGGCGCCUGCGCAGUGGGGGCUAAGGUGACAGCCCUCCGGGUGGGGCGCGGGUCUGUCAUGGCGGAGCCCUGGUCUGGGCAGUCCUUGCAGGCGCUGCCGGCCACGGCGCUGGGCGCUCUGGGCGCCCUGGGCAGCGAGUUCCUGCGAGAGUGGGAGGCGCAGGACAUGCGUGUGACCCUCUUCAAGCUGCUGUUGCUGUGGUUGGUGCUAAGCCUCCUGUGCAUCCAGCUGGCGUGGGGGUUCUACGGGAGCACGGUGACCGGGCUGUACCAUCGCCCAGGUCUGGGCGGCCAGAACGGAUCCACACCCGAUGGCUCCACGCAUUUCCCUUCGUGGGAGACAGCAGCAAACGAGCCUCUCAAAACCCACAGAGAAUAAGGGAGGCAGCAGAGGGUCUCCAGGGACAUCUCCGGGUCUGCCGGCUCCCACACUGGGUCCUACUGCUGCCCAGGCCCCAGGGACGACUGCAGGGGCGUCAGGGUUGGGGGGUAGGGAGUACCCCAGUUCUUGUGGAGUUGGGCCCCACUGCCCUGGGCAUUUCCUCCAGCAGCCCGGGCACUGGGCCAGGAAAGAGUUUCUCUCCCCUGAUCUGGUGCCUUAAGGAAAGCAGGCAUGCUGCUCUCUCGGUCAGUGUAGAAGCCUCUGGGUUAGGAAGGCCAGCAGCCCAUUUCCUGUCUUGGCUUUUUCCUGUCCCUCUUCCCAUCCCCCUGGGAGGUGACCCACAGGGAUUUGUCCCUCACGAAGCCUGAGGUGACUCGCUCUGGGAUUUGCAAGGGAAGUCUGUUUUCACUUAAACCAUAGGUUUUCUGAAUUUGGUUUUGCUGUGUUGGCAGGGACCCAGGAAUCUUGGCCUGGACACAGCCUUAUACUCUGUGGGUACUUAGUUGGCCAUUCAAGUAUAAGUAAGGCAGGGGCAGCUGGCACCAUCCAGACAUGGAGGCACCAAACACCCAGCUUCCGGUCGCAUCCAGAGCUCUCCAGGUGUGAGCCAGGCUAUGGAAACUCUUAUCCUGAGCAUCAUCCUCAUAUUCCUCUCAAUCCUCGGAGGGAAGCUGGGUGCCUGGAAGAGGCUGAGCCCCAGGGUGACUUCCCACCCCAACACUUCAGUGCUCAGCGCCCCGGGUGGUGGUCUGCCCGCUGCCCCUCCUCGGGAUCCCAAGCAGUUAGCGGAGGGCAGCCCUGCCCGCAGCCUCAUCACUUCCCAUCUUGACCUGGAACCACAGGAGCUUCGUCCUAAGAGCGCGCUCUCGGGCUCAGGCCCUCCCCACUAGCGCCAUCUCAGCCCCCAAGAACUUUUAAGAGGGCAGAGCCACAGGCGAGGCAGGCCUGCCACUUCCCAAGUAGGCCAGGGGGCCUGCCAAAGCGAUGGGCGGCAAGGCCAGUUCCUGAAGGCAUGUGGCCUAGACCUGCCUCCGGGCCGUCUGCCUGCCCCCCGUCGGUGUCCCAUCGCCAUCUGGCAGCCUGUGCCUGGACCGCCUGCACAGGGCGCUGAGCUCCCGUCCGGUGCUUACUGCCAAGACACCGUCUGCCGCGGGGUGAUGGUCUGGCAGCCCCAGGUGACCCACUGACGCCACCACACACACAGUCGGGGUCUCAUUCCACUCGAGGCUCAACUGAGGACGUGGCUAUUAAACAUGGAAGUGCA